AUGGAUAUGGAGGAGGGCGAGUACGACCCCAGCGCUCCCGAGAUGAACGGCGGCGUCCUGCUGGCACGCGCGUCUCCCGGCAGCACGACCUCCGGCAACGGCGAUACUGCUGGGCUUCGCCGUCAAGCCCCGGCGAACCGCAUCCGAAGUCGCCGCGUCCGGAACGGUGUCACGGAGGAGCUCUACAUCAGUGAGCACGGUCUCCUUACCUGGAUCGUCGGAGGCGCUGUACCGCUUACAGGUACCAGAGACAACGAAGACGACGACGUAGAGCAGGACGACGACCCAUACGGCACCGGCCGUUUCGGCGCCGUCCCGGCAUCGGAAGCGGAGAUCGUGAGGCUGCCGAUGGCGACGCCGGGCGAGGUGAGGGAGGAGGACUGCGCGGUGUGUCUCGACAGCUUCGAGGAGGGCGAGGUGCUGGUGAAGAUGACCUGCCCCAGCUCCCACGGCUUCCACGAGGGUUGCAUCGUCAAGUGGCUCAGGGUCAGCAGGCUUUGCCCGUUGUGCCGCUUCGCGCUGCCGGCCGAGCUUGACCUCGAGGAGAAGGAGGAGGAGAUGGACACAGAGAGAGACGAGACACCCUGGUGGUGA